AUAACAUUGAAUCAAUCCAGUAUGAAUCUGUUCAAUCUAUUCAAUUAUCAAUAUAUAAAUAUAUAUUGAAUAUAUAAUUUAUAAUAAAUAGAUGUCUGUUACUAAUUGAUAUGUCCCCCUCUCUCUCUCCUCCCUCCCUCUCUCUCUCUCGCCAUAGAUACAAAUAUUAUUCAAUGAAAUAAAUAGAAAAAAAACUUUUUUUGUUGUUGUUUAAAUACAUCAAUCAUUGAAUAAUAAUAAAAAAAAAGACAAGUAAAAUUAAAUUAUUUUAAUAAAUUAAAACAAACUUAUAAUAUAAAGGGAAAGGAUUUAUAUUAUUGAUUUCAACAAUUGGAUAUUGAUCAAAAGAGAAAAGAAAAAAAAAGGAGAAAGAUAUUUCGAACUCGAAGGGAUAUUCAACAUCAGAAUAAGGAAUAAAUAUGACAAAUAUGAAUAAUACAGUUAAUUUGAUCAAAUCAGAGAAUUUACCACAUUCAGAGCAUUCAGAUGAAAUAAAUCGUAAGCAUAAAUGUUCUGACAAUUUCAUCAAUGAAGAUAAUGAUGGACCAAGUCAAAUCAAACGUCAAUGUUUAUCAUCUAUUCACAGUUUAAAUUAUAUGACUGAUAAUAUAAAAACAAAAUAUGAAUUUCAAUAUUGGCUUGUAUUUACUGUGGUAACAGCUGGUAAACAAGGCAUUGAAUUAGGAUCUGAUCAAACACCACUUAUUCAAUUCAAUGGAAUAUUAGGUGAUUUUUAUGAGAAUAAAAUUGUUGAUCGGAUCAAAAUCUCUAUUCGGCCUGAAAACUUUACACGAAUCUAUCGAUCUUCUGUAGAUCUAAUCAAUCAUAAAUCUCAAUUACAAUCAAAUAUUAGCACCAAUCAUGAAUUGAAAUUAGAUUCUUAUUUUCUAUCUCAUUGUAAUGGUUGCAAUAAUAAAAUCAAUGAGUUACCACCUAGAAACACAGGGAAAUUUAUCCCUUCAGUUGAAUCAACUAACUACACCUCGACAGUACAUGGUGUGAAUAUUUCUACAGAAGCAUUAGAAGCUUCUGGUUUACCGGAUAUUUCAGAAUAUGAAAUACAAGGUUUAAGCUUUAAAGAAUCAAUCAUUAAGAUUUCACAUUGGUUAAAAGAUCAUGGAGUACUAGAUGAUCUACUACCGAUUGACAAAUCUAAUAUCUUACUUAUCGCAGAAAAUCAUCAAUCUGUACGAAAUGUAAUACAUGCUGAAGCUGCCUAUCGUAAUAUAGAUCAUGAAUUGAUCAAUUGUUCACCUUGGUCAAUGUAUAUAGAUUUGAUUGAAUUUUGUCAACAAUCACUCUUCAAGUUCAAUAGUUCUAAUAAUGAUAAUAAUGUUAGUAAUAAUGGAAUCACUGAACAGAAGGAAAAUAAAGAACAUCAUCUUCAUAGCAUAUUUGAAGCUGCUCAUGCAUUGGAAAUUGAUUCAGAAGAGACUGAAUUAGCCGCUAUUAAAGCUGAAAUAAUGGCAAAUAUAGUAAUUGAAUUAACUAAGAAAGGUUGUCAAGUGAAAGAUCCUGAGUAUGUACGUUAUAAUUAUGAACAUAAAACAUUUUCACGUAAAUUGAAAAUAAUGGACAGUCAAGUUGUUGAAAUACGUCAAGUUCCAUGGACUGCCACACCAGCUACAAUCGCUCAUUAUUUCACCGGUCUGAAUGUUCUUCCUGGUGGAGUAGCCAUUCGAUUGACAGAUGGACGACGCAGUAACACUGCUAUUGUUGCUUUCAAUGAUUCGAAGAAUGCUCAACUUGCAUUAGCAAGAAAUCAACAUCAUUUGUGUAGUUCGUUGAUGACAGAGAUUGCAAAUAAUACAUUGGAUGUGCAUAUUAUGUCGUCAUCCUCAUCAAACAAUCAUGUCACAGACAACAGUAAUCCCACCAAUCAAAGCUGUGUUAAUAGUCGUAGUGAGUGUUCGACUGAUGGUAUUCAACAGAUUAUAAGUGGUUCAAUGAAACCGAUGUACUUGCAAAUCCAUCCAGCUUCAGGGAAGGAAUUUGUUCAGUGUGCUGGAUGUGAUCAAGAAUCUGUUACAAAGUUUUUAAAUCAAUUAACAAAUGGUGAACAAGUUGUAGUACGUGUACGUGGUCUACCCUAUACAACAUGUAAAAAACAAAUUAUUGAAUUUUUCAAUAUUGUUCAAGCACCAAUUAUGUUAAAUGAACAAGGAAUUUAUUUAGUGACUUAUCCAGAUCAACGACCAACUGGUGAUGCAUUUAUUCUAUUUUCUAAUGAUCAUAUAGCAACUAAAGCAUUAACACGUCAUAAAGAUUAUUUAGGUGAUAGAUAUGUUGAAUUAUUUAAAGCAUCACCAUCUGAAAUGGUUCAGGUUUGUCAUAAUGUAACACUAUUUCAGUGCUCAUCAUCUGGACAAAAAACACAUUCAGCCUUAUCGAACAUCCAAUCUAAUGGAAUUAUAGGUGUACCAUUAAUAAAUGGAGGAACACAAAUCAACUGUUCUAACCUAGUCAAUUUUGUAAACAAUAGUAAUAAUAACAAGGAAACUUAUUUAAGCCCAGUUCUUACACAUUUGAAAUCGGCUAUCAGUACUGGAGCCCUAUCAAAUGUACAAAAUCUAUGGAAUUCUGGCACAAUCCCUUUGGGUUUACCACAUAACUUAUUAACAUCAAGUGGAACAGGAUUGAAUUCAUCUGGCUUAAACGAGAAUGUAUUAUUAAAUAAUACAUUAGGAGGUAUAUCACCAUCUAUACCAAUGAUCUCACCAAACAAUACUUCAGUGAAUCUUAAUCUUUUACCAAAUAUACCUAUUACAAAUCCGCUCAUACGUGACCUAACUGAUCCAACAGAUCCUGAUUGUCCAUUUGCAAGACCAAUGCCAAUUGGUGGUGCAUGUGCUAUGGUUCAGUUGAAUGAAUUGCCCAUGGAAACAUCCAGGCAUGAUAUUCGAUUGUAUUUGGGUCCAGCUAAUUUUGCAAAGGUUUAUCGUAUGAGAAGGAUGGAAACUAUUCCAAACAACACCACCAACACUAACAACAACAACAACACCACCACCACCACCACCAACAACAACAAUAAUAAUCAUACAUCAUCAUGGUUAUUAUCAUUAAAGAAUAUAACUGAAGCUAUUCAAUUUAUUCAUGAUUUAAUUAGUAGACCAUUUACUAUUACUACAUUAUAUAGAAGUAAUCAACAAUUUAAAGAAUUAUCCAAUAUUCCAACAUUUGCGUUAUAUAAUAUUGAUAAUAAUGGUAAAUUAUCAAUUAUUGAUUUAUCAAAUAUAACAUAUAAUAUACCGAUACAUAGAAUCCAUAUGGGAUCAUUAUUAAAAUGGAAUAGAUCAAAUCAUUCCAAUUACAAUUGGUCAAGAUCAACAAUAAAAUAUCCGAUUAAAACAAAAAUGGAUGAUCAACAUAUAUUCAAUGCAAUCACUUCACCAAUUCAAUUAUCAGAUACAAAUUUACCUAUCAAAUAUACAUCUUCAUUCAUAAAAAAUUAUAAUAUAAAUAAUUAUAUUCAUUCAAUCUCUAGUCUUAAUCUUUCUCCAACAAUAGUUACCAACCAUGAUUAUGAAAGUUUAUUGAUUCCUUCAUCCAAUUCCAUAUUAUCUAACAAUGUAGAUCAUUCAAAUGUUUUAUUAGAUUAUAAAACUUUAUCUCAUUUAAAUACUCAAUCAAGAUAUAAUUUGCCAAAUCUUACAGCAUCAAUGGUUAUGUUAACAGGUUUACCAAUUGAUGUAACACAAGAAGAACUUGAAUCAUUAUUUAAACCUGUUAAAAAUCUAUUGACGGCUCAACCAUACUUUAUACCAUUUCAAUAUCAUACAAAUGGAACAGCGAAUUUUUUAGCAAAUUUUAAUAAUCCAUUCGAUGCUCAAACUGCAGUACAUUAUUGUCCAAAUGGUAGUUUAAGAUCAAAUAAAUAUAUAAUAGGUGCAGCUUGUUUAAUACCAUCAACGAAUACAAACAAUCUCAAUUGCAUAACUUCAUCAUCAUUAUCAUCAUUAUCAUCACUGUCAUCAUCACCACCAAUAGUGCCUAUUCAUACAACUAAUAUACUAAACUCUAAUCAUUUAAUAAACACUUCAAAUUUAUUAAAUUAUGAUUUUAUCAAUUCAGGGAUUUCUCUUUUACCAUCAACAACUUCAACAAUUCAACACAAUCGAUUACAAUAAAAUACAGAUUUUCUUGUUGCUUAUACCCUACGUUUACAUUACAAACUACUUUUGUUCUUAUAUAUAUAUAUAUAUAUUCCCCUGUCUUCCUAUCAAUUGAAUAGUUUGCUUUAAUUUCUUAAUGAACAAAUCAUUUGUACACACACACACACAUACACACUCUUUUUUCCCAAUUUGUGUAUAGUUGAAAGUUGUACUAGGGAUAAUUUGUUACAAUUCAGUUAUUUUUCUAAUCCCUUUGUUUGUUUGUUUUCUCUUUCUUUAUAUUUAUGUAUAUUCUAAAAUAACAUUGAAGUGUUUGUUUUUUUUAAAAAAAAAAAGAAGAUUAAGUUUUGUUUACUUAUUGACUUACUUAUGGCCUGUUGACCCCGGCCACGUAUGCUUGAACACCGAUUACCAUGACGUGCAAUGCUAACCGGUGUUGGAGAUGGUUAGAAGAAAGUUAAGGGCUGCCAAACCAAAAUGUGGCAUCAGUCACUGAAGUCACUAACUUCUAGUCUGUGCCAUGUUGGUAGAUGCAGACUACUUGGUUAGGGUCCACAUGACUAUCGUAACCAAUGGUUGGAGGCUCUUGGUGACAUGGCUCAGAAUCGAUAACAAUGGCGUCGGUGUAUACACUCCCUGUCUUCCCUUCAACUAUGAGAUUAAAAUUGCUUCAUAUCUUUCUUUCUACAACCUAAUUCUUUCUUCCUGUACUAUAUUCUUAUAUGCAAUCUUUUUUGUAUAUUACUACCAUUGAAUUAACUACUUUUAUGAAUCCGA